AUGGUUUUAUUACAUAGAUCGAUACUUUUAUUUCUAACAUGGGUUUCUUUAUUCAUUAAUCCCAUUUUGGCUAAAAGAUCACUUCUGGCGACUUCCUUAGUUACAUGUAUGGAGAAUUCGCAAAUCUCACCAUCAUAUUUUAACGUUACUUUUAAUCCUGAUGAUCGUUCAUUAAGAUAUUCCCUUGAUUUAUCAACUGAAAUUAGCUCUUAUGUCAUUGCUCAUGUUCAAGUUUAUGCAUAUGGUUUCUUAAUUAUUGAAAAAAAUAUUGAUAUGUGUACUUUAGGUUGGAAACAAUUUUGUCCAAUUUUCCCUGGUUCAAUGCAAGUUGAAUCAAUAGAAUAUAUUAGUAAGGAUUACGUUAAGAUGAUUCCUGGUAUUGCUUAUAACGUUCCAGACAUUGACGCAGUGGUUAAAGUCAUUGUUAAAGAUCGUGAUUCAGGAGAAGAAUUAUCUUGUAUUCAAUCGGGUUUCACUAAUGGUAAAACCGUUAGUCAAACCGGUGCUAAAUGGGCUACUGCAAUUAUAGCUGGUUUAGGUUUAUUGAUUGCUGCUGUUUUAUCUACUUUUGGUAAUUCAAAUGCUGCUUCUCAUAUUUCUGCUAAUGCUGUUUCUCUUUUCCUUUAUUUCCAAUCAGUAGUUGUGGUUUCGAUGCAACAUGUUGAAAGAGUUCCUCCAAUUGCUUCUUCUUGGGCUGAAAACUUGGCUUGGUCAAUGGGGUUAAUUAGAGUCACCUUCAUGCAGGAUAUCUUUAGAUGGUAUAUCCAAUCCACUGGUGGACAUCCAACUACUUAUUUCUUGGGUACUACUAAACAAAUCUUGGUUCAAAGAGCUAUGGAUUAUUUGGAUGGUAUGCAUAAGUUUGCUGUAAGAAAUGAUGUUACUGGAUUUUUCUCUAAUCAAAGUGUUGAAGAAUAUAAUAAAAGAUCUUUGGAUUUUAGUUUGAGUUCAAAUACAAACACUAUUAUCUUAAGAGGUAUUGAAAGAAUUGGUUUUGGCUCCCAUAUUGAAACCACUGCCAUUGUUGUUACCGGUUUCACCUUUUUCAUUUUGUGUGGUUUCCUUUUGGCAGUUAUUUUAGUUUUAAUAAAACAAACAGUUGAAUUAUUGAUUCGCUUCAAAAAAAUUAACCCAAACCGUUUAAACCACUUUAGAACUUCUUUUGCAUCAAUUAUGAAAGGUGCUUUACAACGUUACAUCUAUAUUGGUUUCACCCAAUUGAUCAUCCUUUCCUUAUGGGAAUUCACUCAAAAUGAUUCUCCAGCCGUUAUCAUUCUAGCAAUUAUCUUCCUUAUUCUUUCCUUGGGAGUUAUUGGCUUUUCCUUUUGGAAAACUUUACAAUUCGGUAAAAAAUCAAUCAUUCAAUAUAAUAAUCCUGCUGCUUUACUUUAUGGUGAUUCAAGAAUUUUAAAUAAAUAUGGUUUUUGCUAUACCAUGUUUAAUGCCAACAAAUAUUGGUUUGGUAUUGUUCUUACCGGUUAUUCUUUGAUUAAAGGUAUUUUUAUUGGGUUAUGUCAAUAUAGUGGUAAAGCAAGUUCUUUAAUCUUAUUCAUUCUUGAUUUGGCUUAUACUAUCCAUUUAUUUAUUCAAGCUCCUUACUUGGACAAAUCAACCAAUGUUUUGAAUUAUUGUAUGUCAAUUGUUAUCACUAUUAAUUCAUUCUUGUUCUUGUUUUUCUCUGACUUAUUUGGUCAACCGGCUCAAGUAAGUUCAAUUAUGGGUUGGAUUUUCUUUAUCUUGAAUGCCGCUUUCUCCUUGAUUCUCUUACUCAUGAUCAUCGUCUUGAUUUGUCUUGCUAUCACUUCCAAGAAUCCUGAUGCUCGUUUCGCUCCUGCUAAAGAUGACCGUGCCUCAUUCCAAAGAAAAUCCUCUGUUAAACGUAAGUCUUACACUGACAAGGGCGAUAACCUGGCCUCUAAAGAGAAAGAUAACGUUCAUAAUGAAUUAUUUGCUCUUGGUUUGGCAGCUCAAGACCAUUCUAACAAUUGGGAACUGGAAAUGUAUAGACUUCACAAUUUGAGUAACGGCGCCGAUGAUGAGGAUGACGAAGACAAAUCUUCAUCUUCAGAAAAUCAUAAAAGUCAUGAUAUCUUAACUCCUUCUUUGAAUCAAAGCGACAAAUGGAUUGCGAAUGAAAAAGAAAGAACUUUAGGUGAAGGAUCAGAUAGUGAUGAUAAUAAACCAAACAAUAACGCUGGUUUAGGUGCAAAAUUGAAAAAUUUAACUAGAAAUCUUUCAACAAAGAAGAACAAUAAUUCCCCUCCAAAUGCAAACAAAACUUCCAAUACCCCAAAAUCAAGUCAUAUUACUAGAAUAAGUGAUACCUUGAGUCCAAAGGAAGAAGUAAACUCACUCAAUACCCCAAUCUUAAAUGAAUCUCCUAAAACCCAUCAAAGAAACUACUCCGAAAUGUCAGCUCAACAAUCCAUGAAUAAUAACCCAACUGACGCAACCAGGAUUGUUUGAUUAAUGGAAUCUUGUAAAAUUAGCCUUUCAAAAAAAUUUUUUCUCUCUUUUUCGAAAACAAUUUUUCGAAAUAUCCUUAGGGACAGUUUAAAUACUGUUCAUGUAUAUUAUUAGCUUAUUCUUUUCUCGUUUAUUUUAAAUUCUCUCUUGAGUCUUUCGUU